UCACCUGGUCUGCGAGGGAGGGAGGACAGGGCAGGUUUGAAUGAAUGCUCGCUCGCUCGGUUGCAUUCCUGUGCAUCCAAUUUCUGCAGUUUUUAGUGUGCGCAAUCUGAGUUUGUGUUCGCUGAGGAGACAUUCUUCGCAGUUGAUUUUCGUCUUAGUUCCUUCUCACAGAGAUGGCUAUGGCGUCGUCCGUCCUCGGGACCUCUUCGUUGCUAUUGCCCAACCAAUUCCAGCGGUGCGCCACACCUGCUAUCUCUCGGAGCUCACUAUGGGCUUGUAGGGAUUCCUCACGACCGCAGAUUGUAGCAGCGCUCAGAAGCGGGGUUGGAGCCUUGGGAGGCAACAGGUUAGGGUUAUCGGCAUUGACGAAGGGUUCGCCGUUGCUCCUGCAAUUAGAGAGAGUGUUAAAUGGAGCAGUUUCGAGGAGAGAGAACUAUGGUAGGGGUUUGAACGUGAGGGCACAGGCCGGGCGAGGAGGGGGCGACAGGGUGAAUGCCGCGGAGCGCGUUGUCGCGGCGUUGGGUUACUUCUUGCCCCUCUUUGACGGAAUUCAGUACGGGCGCUACUUCUUCUUGCAGUUCCCUGUGGCGGAGAGAUUAAUUGCGCCGCUGUUUCCGCUGCUGUCGGCAUACAAAGGCUUCCCCUUCUCGAAUUUCAUUGCUUUCUUUGGGCUCUACUUGGCGGUGGUCAGAAACCCUAGUUUCAGCCGGUACGUGAGGUUCAACACAAUGCAGGCUGUGGUGUUGGACGUGCUUCUCAUCUUCCCUACUCUUGUGGAGCGCACCUUCACCCCUCGUGGCGGAAUCGGUUUCGAGCUUCUCGUGAUUUUCUACAACACCACAUUUUUGUUCUUAGUGGCGUGUUUUCUGUUCGGAGUAGUUUCAUGUAUUCUAGGGAAGAUCCCAAGGCUGCCCUUAGUGGCCGAAGCUGCAGAUCAGCAAGUGUAAGUACAGACAUCCAAUUUCCAUAAUAUCCGUAUAAUUUUCGCUCAUGACGUUUAACCUGUGUUGUGAUACGUCCCGCGACAUCAUCUCA